AUGCGGGCCUGCGGGUUCAGCGGCCUCAGGGGUUCCAGCCCCAGCAGAACACACGCGUCCUCCGCGUGGCAGCCCCCGGAGGCUCAGAGCAGCCCCAUGGCCGGUCCCCGUCUCUCAGUCCUGCUGACCCUGCUGCUGUCCUUCGCCCUGGGAUCUGCUGGGCUAGAAGCCAACAACACCAGGGAAAGGAUUAUUAAUGGAUAUCCUUGUCGAGGGGGCUCCCAUCCCUGGCAGGUGGCCCUGUUUUUUGACCAUGAGUUCCAGUGUUCGGGCGUGCUGGUCCACAAGCAGUGGGUGCUCACUGUCGCCCACUGCCACAUGAGCGAGUACGUCGUGCAAAUGGGCAGUGAUCUUCUGCUCGAUGUGGAUCUCGAGGAGAUCAAGGCGACAGCAUCGUUCAUCCACCCCCUGUACAACCAUCUCACCCUUGACCAUGACAUCAUGCUUGUGAAGCUCUUCCGCCCAGCCCCGCUCUCGCCCACCGUGAGCACUGUGGAGGUGCCCUCCAGCUGCCACCGCCCUGGGACCAGCUGCACCGUGUCUGGCUGGGGCCUCACCUCCGAAACCGCAGGGUUCAAUCCAUUACACCUCAUGUGCUCGGAUGUCAAAAUCAUUUCCAACAACAGCUGCAAAAAGCUUUACGAUGUCGUGUUGGGAAGACACACCAUGUGCGUGGCCGACCCUGACAGAGGCUCCCACACCUGCAGAGGUGACUCGGGGAGCCCCCUGAUGUGCAACGGCAUGCUGCAGGGCCUGGUGUCCUCCGGAUACUCCCCGUGCCUGCCGCAAUCUGAACCAGUUCUGUUCACCCGCGUGUGCAGGUCCUGGAUCCGCGCGGGCGCCGCAGUCCCGGACCUCCGGGGGCUUGUCGUUUCCCAGCCUGACCACCAGGGGGAGCAGCAGGAGGGGCAGCGCCCCUCACCCUCUGAACCCAGACGCCGCCUCAGCGGACAUCAAGCCCGCAGCCCCUUCUUCCUCAGUCCCAGGAGUCGGGACUACCGGCCCCGUGCUCCCCCUAAUCAGUGA